GUAUUUCGGGUGCCGGAAAUGCACACGAGUAGGUUAACAGAGGCGCUCACCCGCGCACCGAAAGACACGCCAGAUUCACCUUCUUGCAUUGCAUUUCUUGUUCCGACGAUCCUGACUGAGUUCCUUAAAAGUUGUUGGGGGUAAAUAAACUAGUCGACAGGCCCACGCUUGCCUUCCCAGGCUGCGUUCUUCUCUGCGUUCGCCUUUCUUUGCACGAAGAAAAAAAUCUGCAGCUCUGUACUACGGAGAGAGACGGCAAGCAGGCAAAGAAGGGGGAGGAGGAUUGGAUUGGAUCGGAGGAGAACCGAGCGGAAGGGAAGACGGCGAGUCGGCGACCGGCGAAGGAGAUGCCGAGAAGGGCCCUGACGCUGGAGACGUACCUCCGCUUCUUCCUCGACCCAUGGAACACCCGCAUCACCGUCGACCAACUCAACCAGAUCCUCUUCAUGCAUGGCUUCGUCAAGCUCCACCGCACCAAAAAGGCCAAGAUCAUGGAGCGCCUGGUGGGGCAAGUGGACCUGCUGCCGCCGCGGCGUUCCACGCUGCACCGCGCGUCGCUGCCUUCCGCGGCCGCCAUCACCGCGGCGCAGGCUAGGGACGACGUCGAGGCGAUCGGGUGGGCCGAGUGCCCCAUCGGCCGCGUCGCCGCGUUCGCCGCGCCGAGUGCCGACGCGCCGGAGCCCGUGGAGCGCGUGCCUCAGCCUGCCGACUUCGUCCUCACCGGGCGCCGCCCGCGGUCCAAGCGGACGCGCGGCUCUGCGUACGGGCCAAGUGACGUCGCCGCCGCGUCCAAGAAGCUGAAGGCUGGCGCGCCUCAGAAACAUGCGAACGUGAUCGUCAAGGAGGAGGAGAAUGAUCACGAGCUGGUGUCACCGCCUCCUCCGCCACCGGAUGUGGCGCUGCCUCCACCGCGCAAGCUUCAACCUACGUUGGCGAGGAUCCCCGCGCCUCCAGCCUGGGGCACGCCCAUGGUGCUGCCUUAUCCUUCGCAUCAGCUGUUCUGGGGCGUCCCUUUGCCCUCACGGCCAACCGCUCAGCCGUGCCCUGCAACGCCACCGCCGGGAUGGAGCGUACCUACGCCGCCGCCGUCUUACCCAGCGCCAUUCUGUGGCGCGCCAGUAAUGCUGCCGCCACUGCCACGGCAUGUGGCCUGGCGAUCACCACCUCCCCUCCUGCUGAAACGGCCACCACCGCAUUUGCAGGGGAAGCCGCUGCCCGCGCUGCUUCCAGUCCAACACCACCACCUCCUGAUCCACCGGUCAUGCAGCUGCAGCAGUGCAGCGGCCGCUGUCGCAUUGACAGGGCCAGUAGGCAGUAGCCACCUCCUGCGCUUCUUCAGAUUGAGGAAUUUGUCAAAAUGAGUCACUCUUCGUUGCCCACACCACCGUCUCCGCCUCCCUGGGAGCUGCGCGCUUGUGCCGGCUGCGGCUGGGACAGGCUAGUGACUUCUGUUUUCUGCCUAGUUUUACUUUUACCAUUGCUGCAUGUUAAAACAAAAGCCAAGUUUGGACGUGUUUGUCAAAUUGGACCCGCAUCUAAUUGAAGGGUUCCUGAUUUUUUUCCUUCUA